UUCUCUGUCUCUCUCUCCGCGAUUCUGUCUCUGAGUUUGUGCGCGUGUUUUGGUGUUAGUGUGCAUUUGUGUUCUUUAGCGUGUGCUUUUCCACGUCUUCCUACUGUGGCUGCCUGUGUGUGUCCGUGUGUGCACUUCCAUUUCAUUCUUCCUCCUUGCCGCUCUGCGUAUCUUACUCUCUGUGUGACUUGUGUUUACACAUGUGUGCUUAGCGUGUGUGUCCAUAACUUUCUGUUCUCUCUCCUCUCUCUCUCUCUCUCUCUCUCUCUCUCUCUCUCUCUCUCUCUCUCUCUCUCUCGUGUGUAUGUGUCUCUCUGUUCACACCAGAGCCUGUCCGGCAGGGCAGCGGAUGUGUGAGGGAUGAUUCAGUGGCUGACAGGAAGCCUGUCGCCUUGCUUGCUGCCCACAAGUAUCUGUGGUGUUGGCGUCAGCUCCUGCAGGUGUGUGGGCUCAAGAUGAGGUGGCCGCAGUGAAGAGCCCUCAACUCUCAGCGUUGCAGGAAAAGUGCACAGGAGCCGACAUGAGUGCGGAGACGGAGCUGCUGUGGCCCGGGGUGGCCCUCCUGCUGCUGCUGGGGGCAGUGGCCAGCCUGUGUGUUCGCUGCUCCCGCUCAGGUGCGAAGCGACCGGAGAAAAUUUAUGAGCAGAGGAACCUGCAAGAGAAUCAACAGAGCUUUGCAGUGACCGGGACCUAUUCCUUGGCCAGGCCCCUGAUGGACACAGCCUCUAACCUGGCACCAACAAGGAAGGAUAAGCUGCUGCAGUUCUCCCCCAGCCUCGAGGAUUCUGCAUCACCAAGGUACCUGAACUUCAUCAAAGGAAGCAGACACGGAUCAGAUGCAUCCUACAUAGACCCCAUCAUGGAGUAUUUCAACUGGGAGCGGUCCCAGAAGCAGCAGGAAGAUGACGAGGAUGCUAAUUCCUAUGAGAACGUGCUCAUCUGCAAGCAGAAAGAGCCCGACUCAGGCCCUCUUCCCGGUUCUCUCCCUGCAGGAGAUGAGGAUUAUCAGAACUCUGCUUCCAUCCAGAAGUGGCGGGAGUCCAGAAAGGUCGUAGGGCAAGUCCCAAGAGAAGCACCUCUCUCCCCUGCGGGAAUCCCCGAUGAGGACGAAGAUGGAGAGCCCGAUUAUGUAAAUGGGGACGUGGCCGCCACGGAAGCCUAGGGCGGACCUGGGAGAAGUCGCCCCGUGCCAAGGGGACGAAGUGCCAGCCAAAGCACGCCCUUUCCGCUAGCCAACCGUGUCCAUCUUCGCCGAAGGCCAAGGAACCAACGCUCACAGGAACAGUGACCGCCUCCCACCCAUCACCUCGCCGAGCAGCUGGACUUCUGGGCCCGCCACGCUACUCACGGGAGGUGCACCUACACGUCCCACGGACCAUCCCUCUGGCCACACGGGACCCGCAAGUUACACGUGGAACCAGCUUCCCGGGGGCUGGGAAGAGCUUGGCACGAGGGCACUGCGGCCCCUGCCGUAACUGAAUGCCCAGCACUGGGGCAGUGGCGCCCCAUCCCCACAUCUGAGCACCAAACAGUACUGGCAUCAUGUCCUUUUUGCUCUGGGUUUGGAUCCCAAAUCGCUUACUAAUGUCAGUUGCUGGGAUUCUGUGUGAUCGAUAAGCUUGUGUAAUUAACUUAUACAGGUGGAGCCAUAUUUAAUGUUCUGCGUUCCAGGGUAGGUUUGUCUAUCUUGUCUCCUCUAAGCAUUACAUGUUCUGACUUCAGCAGACACUUGGGGCACCCUGGCACUCCUUUCUUCGGGUCUCAGUUCACUGAGGAAGAGGUGAGGCCACAGCCACCCGCAGGCUACCAGUGGGCGUGUCCUG